UCUACAUGUUCAAGAGAAACAUCUACAGCCAUGAACACCAUCACUCAUCAACAGAACAAAACCCCAGCACUCAAAAAAGCCAAGUCUAGGAAGAACAUCAACCACUUCACAGAUGUACACGGUCUGCCUUGCAUUGAGAAGAUUGUGAGCUCAGUUGAGGACACCCCCGAGCCCAUCAGCACCAACAUCAUUGGCGAAAUCCCAGAAUGGAUCAACGGAAGCUUCUUGAGAAACGGGCCCGGGAAGUUCGAGAUCGGAAACCAUAAGUUCAACCACUGGUUUGAUGGUAUGGCUCUUCUGCACCAGUUCAAAAUAUCCAAUGGACACGUGACUUACAAAAGCCGCUUCCUGUCCAGUGACAGUUACAAAGCCAACCAGGAGCACAACCGCAUCGCAGUGUCAGAGUUUGGCACUGUCACCGUACCAGACCCCUGUAAAAACUUCUUCCAGCGCUUCCUGUCAAGAUUUGAAUUACCAAAGUCCACAGAUAAUGCCAAUGUGAGCUUCGUCACCUACAAAGGUGAUUAUUAUGUCAGCACGGAAACCAAUAUCAUGCACAAGGUGGACCCUGAGACUCUGGAGACAACUAAAAAGGUGGACUGGAGCAAAUUCAUUGCAGUGAACGGAGCGACCGCACACCCUCACACUGACCCCGAUGGAACAACUUACAACAUGGGAAACUCAUACUCCCAUAAAGGAGCAACUUACAACAUCAUCCGAGUGCCGCCGACCAAGAAAAGCGCUGAGGAAACCCUGGAGGGAGCCACAGUGCUGUGCUCGAUUCCCUCAGCGGAUAAGAGCAAACCAUCCUACUACCACAGCUUUGCAAUGUCUGAGAACUACGUGGUGUUCAUUGAGCAGCCCAUCAAGAUGGACCUGUUAAAGAUUGUGACAGGAAAGUUGAGAAAUAAAAGCAUCAGUGACGGCUUUCUCUGGGACCCAAAAAUCAACACAAUCUUCCACCUGGUUCACAAGCAGACAGGAAAGCUAAGCUCCAUCAAGUACAUUGCCAAGCCGCUGUCAACGUUCCACCAGAUCAACGCAUACGAGGAGGACGGCUUCUUGAUCAUAGACAUGUGUGCUUCAGAUGAUGGCGAGGCAAUCACUAACUACAACGUCCAAAACAUGCGCAAGUCUGGAGAAGAUCUUGAUGAGGUGUAUAACACCUUGUGUAGAGUCUUCCCACGGCGCUUUGUUCUGCCUCUCAAUGUGGACCGUGAUACACCCUACAACCAGAACUUGAACCGUCCCAACUGCACGGCCACCUCUAUAAGACUCACCAAGAACAAGGUCUUCUGUACUCAUGAGGACCUCCACGGAGAGGAUCUUCAUCAGUACGGAGGUCUGGAGUUCCCUCAGAUCAACUAUGGCAAGUACAACACCCGCUCCUACCGCUACUUCUAUGGCUGUGGCUUCAGACAUCUUGUCGGAGACACACUGAUUAAAAUGGACCUCCAUGGGAAACACAUGAAGGUGUGGGAACAUGCUGGCCUCUAUCCCUCUGAACCAGUCUUCGUACCGUCCCCUAAUGCAACAGAGGAGGACGAUGGUGUCAUCAUGUCAGUGGUCAUCACACCCAACAAGGACAAGAGUACGUUCCUCCUGGUUUUAGAUGCCAAAACAUUUGAGGAGCUGGGCAGGGCUGUGGUGCCUGUCAACAUCCCCUACGGCUUCCACGGGACAUUCAAUGCCGUGGCAGACGUAUGAGGAGGAAAUACAUGAUGAAUGUACCUGACUUCACAUAGAGCCACAGAAGUUAAGACAGGAGUUAUUAACUAUGUAAAUAUUGUCUGUGAUUUUUGUCUCAAAAAAAUGUUUUGUCACAUCAUACGUGAAUUUAGAGGUCACUACAGAGGCAUGAAUGUAUAGUUUGGUUGGACUUGGAGUCCUACUCACGUUUAUUCAUAUUGUAUUAUUGAAGUUGUGCUCUGUUAGAAAUAUUUUGAAGUUGUUCUUUCUAUACUUUAAACCAUUGUUUUGAAUACAUAUACAUAUUAAGAUGAGGGGUGGCUGAAAUAGUGGGCAAA